CACGGUUGGAGUGAGUCGCACGUGAGCUCCGAGCAGGAUGAUAUUCACUCGUCUUUCUUCCGCCAACUUGGUUGCCACUCUCACUCCACGACAGCAACCAUUGGAUUUGCCUUAUUGUAUAUACAUCAACAUACCCAAUACAUCGCUAUCCCGAUCAUCUCCUGUUGUAAAGGGACAUCCUCAGCGCGGCGGUGCCGAUACACAAAUGCCGUUCCCGUUUGUGCUGUCCACCACAUCGCGCGCCUCCUUUACCGACAGCCUGAGCUCGACUACUCACCCCUCGUUGCCGUCUACGGCUUCUUCUCGACGCUCAGUUCUUCGGGCGGCGUUGAAGAGCCACAAAAGGCUCUCGCCAUCCGAUCAGGCGACGAACCUGCCAGCGGUCGUCACUGCAAUCCAGGAUUACUUACGAUAUCUUUUGACCCUAGAUCUUGCCCUCUGCGGAAAGCCCGUUUCUGGUGAAGAUGUCGAUGCCACGUUGAUCAGAGAGCCUCAAUUCGCAUGGCGUCCGACUCUAGGCGCAGGCGGCAUCCCAGGCCGGGAGAAUGAGAGAAUCAAGGGACAAGGAAUCGACUACGAGAUCUUCUUCGUCCAUCACACGCUCGCCCUAGUGCAGAAUUUACUCGCCAGACAGUCAUUGCUGGGAUUAUAUGCUUCGACCAGUCCAACGACAGAGCAGCGGACUGCGGCGAUUCAAGCUGCAACCAAAUAUCUCAAAGUGGCCCAUUCUCUCCACUCCUAUCUCCUCCUCAGAGCGAAGUCUUCAACAGAUGGGCCGCUUCACUUCCCACCAAGUGCUGUCGAUGUUUCUUUGGAAGUUCAAUCAGCCCUCCAGCAUCUGACACACGCAGAAUUCAAUCUCCUAUGUGUUCUGAAGGAUGACCCAUAUCCCGCCUUGCUGAUCCAGUCCCGCAACAAGGAUGACAGAGACUGGAUGAUUCGGCCACCUACGAUACCCAAAGUUCGCGCCCAGGUGCUGACCAGGCUUUGCAUCGGAGCGGCGGAACAUGCUUCGCUUGCCACGGUGGCACUCAAGUCUGACAGCUACAAGGUCUCCAAAGACCUGCUGGAGUACUGCGAAGGGAUUCGAAGAGCUUCUCGCGCCAAAGCUUGCCGAUUCCAGGCUCUGGAUGAAGACAUGGCCGGGUCGACGGGCAAGGCUAUUGCGUGGCUAAGGGCGGCGAGGAAUGGUCUCGGGCUUGAAGUGGGCAAAGAUGGUGCCGCCAAGUCUUCCGGGCUGGGCAAGUUGAAAGCCUCGUGGACGGAGAGGAGAGAAGACAAAAAGAUCGAAAAAGGCAGUGCAAGCUGGGGCAUGGAUGGCGGUAAACUAGAAGAAGCACGCAUUGUCGAGUAUCUGGACCAGAAGAUGAACAAGGAAAACGACACGAUGAACAUACAACUCGUCCCCGAAUGGAAGCCAUUGCUGGCGACCUUGCCCAGCGGGAUGAACAUGCCGAUUGAUGAAAAAUGGAAACCAACUGUUCUAGAAGAGGAUGAGCUGGCGGCCAUGCGUGCACCACCCGAACAUUAUGAUAUGGCCGAUGGUGGUAGUUCCGAGGAUGAGGAUGGGAGUCCGAAGCAGCCGGUGGGCGCUUUCCCGGGCACACACGGCGACUAUGGCGGAAAUGUGACGACGACGUACUACUGAUGAAAGACUCCCUUGUGGGAAGUAAAUCCUCGUUUGCUCCACGGGAAGCAAUCCAAAGAUAUAUGCCCAGCUUUCCCGACAACCAGGGGGCGUCAAGGGCCUCUGAAGCUACACUGUACGGUGGCUGCGUGGCGAGUAUUGGGUGCAUGACUCGCGAGCAUUGAUGCUAACUUCACGACUGACUCGCCGCAUCGACUUCUCCCGAGGCCUCCUUAGCCCCUUGCGCACCCGUUUCAGGGCCGUUUCAUAUUUGCGUGGUUGGUCCACCAUCACCAUUACUCACAACGUACGUGCAUCUUGUUACAGGAUGGCCGAGUCCGGAUAUGUGAUGCGCUCUGGUCAGCCACGUCCGAUGAUCCAAUGUGAUCUUCGCCCCUAGCUGCCCGGUGCAACGCGCAGGCUGAGGCUGGGAUCCGCGGCGCGUGUCGAAACAGGACACCGCGUUUUCCCCCGUCGCGGUCGGUGGCAGGUGUUCUGUCAUCCAUGUUCGGCCUUACCUGGCGUGCCUGAGUUCGCCCCUUUAUACCGAUACUGAGCACAACGUAAGCGCACAACACACCGAAGUUCAGUCCGGGCCGCAUUCUGACGCCUGAGCCUGUGCGAUGCUGGUUUGAUAGGACCUGGUAGGUUGGCAAUGCGCGACGUUGAUAAGCAUUCACGUCCCCCUCAAUGUCGGCAUACUACUGUUCGAUGUGAUGUAUUUUGCCCUACGCACUUCAGCUGCGCUUUCCAUGUUUGUCUCAUUCCUUUCUAUGUGCGCAAACCGCUGGUCGGAUGUAUCUCAAAAGGCUGAAUCAAGCGUCGAGCUACUUUUUAAGCUAGCUCCUUAUUGUCACUAUCGCCCAACCCCAACUAUUGUCCAGCCGCUCCUAUGAUGAAGCCCCUACAUCAGGUGGGCGCAACCAUAUCAAUACUCUUGUCGACAAUAACACCUUUGAGCCAGGGACUUCCGAUGGUGGUGGCGGUAGUACUACCGAAGACUACUAUGCGAGAUGCACAGCAAUCUAUCUCAACCAUCAUCAACAUCUCCCACAAGAGACACGAGGAAUCUCAUCGUUUCGUCGAAAGAUUCGUCCCUUACCAGCCCAAUAUCGCCAACAACACGAGCAGCACGAUCCCGACGCCAGCUUCUUCCACUGAUCCCAAUGAGAGUGCAGUAUCAGCAACGUCGGCAGGUACGACUACUGGUCUAUGUGUGAGCUGCUUGGGCCCAGUCUCGACAGUGGACGCAAGUGGACCUCUGGCGCCUAUUUCAACCGUUACUGUUGGGGUAAUCACCACUGCUUCAAGUCUGGCUACAGCAACCACUCCCUCAGCGGACGUUGGUACCCUGACGCUGACUACAACAAUGACAAUGGCUGCAUCAACAGCCACAACGAGUCAGCUAAUGUAUGGAUCUGAAUCUGGAUCUGGAUCUGCACUUUCUGAUACCGGUUCUCAACCCGAGUCAGCCGCAAUGUCGACCUCUCUACCACCUGGUAUCCGAACUUUCCCACCGGUCACGGCCAUCUCUACUGCCGAUUCUCCUGGUGAAACCACGCCCAUACCCGCAGCUGCUACCAAGAUAACGACAACGAUUUCUUUCUUCACUAUCUCUGUCCUGAACCCGACUACAAGCACGAGCACGAGCACGAGCAUAAGAACAGGCUGUCCGUCUCGCUCUAUCAGUGCAGACCAGUCGACGCAGUCAUUACCGGUCAUAGUCACCAUUGGUCUACUGCCGUUCCAGACGAGUCUGUCUGCAACGUGAUGAACACAUGACUCCUGCAACGAGAAGUAAUACUCUACUCUACUAUUAUAAUAUAUCAUACCCCCUUUCCUACGUACAGAAGUGUACAGUACCUGAUUACAGUAAUAAUGUGCGGUGCCGUCGACGCCAGCGCUUACCCCUCGCGGUCACCAACCAGAUCGGAUUCGGGGUUCACACAAUGCUUCCCGUUGUCGUCGUGGUCAAUUACCUGAUCUGGCGUGAUUGAGUCAAUUCUCGCCGGGCCCCGGGUGUGGAUCGCUGGAAUCGCUGGGUGUUUCCGUAUGUGAAAUAACCCUACAAAUGGCGGUCAGGCACCACUGCACCUAUGAACAAUUGUAUGCACCCUCUCCGAUGUGAUGCUGUGCUCUAUCCUUGGGGAAAAGGGAACUCAAAACAGUGCUCGUGAGUUGCGACAAGGGAGGUCCAUAUCACGCAAGACGCGGCCGGCGGAGUUAAGUACACAUGCACCCACCUAGUCGGUGGUAGAGUUCUUCCCGCACUGCACCGCGUAUACAAAUUCUGCACAAUAAUUCUACCACCGACUAGGUGGCACCCCAUCUCCAUUUCCGUUUUUGUAGGGUACUAUCUCCAGCUGCCACUUCAACGCGAAAUGCUAGUCCAAUUCCGAGCUGUAGAACUACAUUGGGAGCCUGUUAUUUACGUUCGGGGAACAUAGGGACUGCAGCGGGAUAUCUAAUAUGUACAUUUUGUC